CUCGCACGGCACCGACUUCAGUUCACACCUCUCAACUCUCUAUAUUCCACUUCCUCUCUCUCUCUCUCUCUCUUCGAUGGCACAGGCCGAGCUGCAGGAAAAGCAGACAAAGACACCGGAAUCACCUGAGAAGUACGAUGUGGUGGGGGAGGAGAUGGAGGGGCAUAGGAAAAGGAGGAAGAGGAAGAAGCGAGAGAGAGAAGAAGUGGUGGAAGAUGUGGAAGAGAAGAAAGAAGAAGGAGAAGGGGUUCUGCGAAGGGACCCAUUGGAGGUGUUUGGUACGGACAUAAUGUUGAAGAUACUGAGUAAUCUCGACGCACGCAGCGUGGCACUGUCUCUCCUCGUCUCCCGUGGCUGGCACGCGGUGGCCUCCAGCGACCGCAUCUGGGGCGCCAAGUUGGAGGAACUGUGGCUUGGGAAAGCACACAUACCUCGCCUGUCACAAAUCCGGGGAUUAUCCAAAUUGGCCGCUUAUUCAUUAGCUGUCAUGGAUGGCAAGCGUACCCGUAUCAUGAAGGAUGAUUUGUGUGAUCAUGUUUGGGAGUUUCAUUUUAACAAGGGGGCACCAGAAUAUUGGAGAAAUCUUGAUCCUUAUUGGAAGGGCACUGGCCCUCCCAUGCGCCGCUACUUCCAUCCGGAUGGGAGCCAAAGUGCAGAUCCUGGUGACAAGGUAUGGGGCGGUCAUGAAUGCUGUUACUUGACAUUCACUAGUAUUGUCGGUGAAGAUAAAAUCAGGGAGCACUAUGUAAGGAUCAAUCGAUGGCCAAGAUUGUCCGUGUCUCGGAAGCAGGAUUGGAGCUGGGAAUUGUCAAACCACCUUUAUUCCUACUCGAGCAUCCCUGAUGCUCACAAGAAAGGUGGGACUGGGCCGCUUUAUGGUGUUAUGUAAAUAUAUAUAUAAAAAAAAUUAAGUUGUAGGGUUUGCUAGAUAUCUGCCAACGAGUGUAUAUAUCUUCCUUAAGGUGUUUGUCAGUGUUGUGUUACAUGGUCCAAGUUAUGGACGUAUGAGUGCAUAUGUUGUUUGUAGAGAAGGAAUAAAGUAAGUAAUGCCAUUGUAAAUUUGUCUUCUGUUGUGACCUAAACUGCGGCCAAGUUACAGCUUGCUUGGAUAUCCUUAAUAUCACUUGCAUACUUUUUCCCA